AUGGCUCUUGUAGGCGUCAGCUUUAUUUACUCGCCCACUGAGGGAGAGAACCACCCUGCCUCCUGUCCUAUUGCUCACCUAUCCCUCAUGAUGGACAAGGUUCCAGAAGCAGGAUGGAAAGCUACCAUUGACGGCAGCAAACCCGGCGCCGACUUCUUCUUGACCAGGACACCUGCUGAGUACAAUCCUUUAGCCUACUUCAAGCAUCCUGGAGCGACAUCCUCUCUUCGAGAACACCUAGCGCAUGAAUUAUCGGAAUGGGUCAAGUGCUUUUCCGCCUCGGACAAGCAGAUUCUUCGCGACGUCGCCAGUUCCUUCAGGUCUUAUCGGAAGCAAACAAUGUCGAAAUUCUGGGAUGAAAUUGCAAUUGUUGGAACAGCGGAAAAAUGA